AUGGGUACCUCGCCGCGCAGCAUCCCAUCCUCGGGACGGCCACAGAUCAUGCGAACAGUUUCACAGAUGGACUUCCACACUGCCGCCAAACUGAGCCAGUACCCAGCAAACUUCAACAACUUCAACAUGCUCACACCUCUGCCCACCUCUUACACUCCCCAGAUCAUCGACGAGUACUCCUACUCAAGCAGCCCUGAGCCUAACAUGGGAGGCUUCUCUCGCUCCAUGGACCAAAACAGCUACAUCACCUCCAGCCGCGCCAUGACGCCCUCCACUCCGGAGCCAUUUGCCUUCAACGACCCCAUUGCCAUCGCCGAUCCUUUUGACCACUACAUGAGCACGCCGAGUUGGUCUGACGAUGGCUCCAUGGCUGUCGGACUCGGCUUCGAGCAUGACAUGCCUGCCAUGCUUCCCAACAACAUGUGGUCUACUCCGGAGCCGGAGAGCAUCACACCCAUGGGAAUGUGCGAUUCGCCAACCGUCAUGAACACCUGGCCGCAUCCCGCUCUCUCUGUGUCACCGCCUCAGCAUCCCAUGGGCAUGCCGCACAACAAGGGUGUCCCUUCGCUUUCUCUCAGCGAAGCUUCAACAGAGGAGUACAACUCGCCGCACCACCCGCAGCAGGAGUGGAACAACGUCCAACCCCACGCCGGUCAGAUGAUGGGAAAGCCGAUGGUCAGCACAUCCUUCAUGGACAACGUGAAGUCGUACGCACAUUACCCCAAGGCCCCUCAGCCUAUCUGGGAAGACAUCAUCGUUCCCCGCACCCAAACCUUCUGA